UCACGAGUAGGCGCCGUCGCCUCUGCACAGUCCCGAGGCGGCCCGGGAAUCCAGUUUUUCCCCAGAACGGCCAUGAGCAAGAGGAAUCAGGUGUCGUACGUGCGGCCAGCAGAGCCGGCAUUCCUGGCCCGCUUCAAGGAACGCGUCGGCUACAGGGAAGGGCCCACAGUAGAGACCAAGAGAAUCCAGACGCGGCUUCCAGAUGAAGAUGGCGAUCACAGUGACAAAGAAGAUGAACAGCCCCAAGUGGUGGUUUUAAAAAAGGGAGACCUGUCAGCUGAAGAAGUCAUGAAAAUUAAAGCAGAAAUCAAGGCUGCCAAAGCAGAUGAAGAACCAGCUUCCGCUGAUGGAAGAAUUAUGUAUCGAAAACCAGUCAAGCGUUCCUCAGAUGAAAAAUAUUCAGGUUUAACAGCAAGCUCAAAAAAGAAGAAGGCAAAAGAAGAUGAAAUAAAUAAGCAGGACUCAGUUAAAAAGAACUCACAAAAGCAAAUCAAAAACAGUAGCCUCCUUUCAUUUGACAAUGAAGAUGAAAAUGAUUAAGUGUAAAUAAACACUUUGGACUUAGUUUUCCCUAAGAAUAUAUGGGGUAUUUUUUAAAAUAACAUUUUUCCCCUAUUCUAAAGAUAAUACAAGUUUACUGGAGAAAAUUUAGACAAUACAGAAAACAUUCAGUAAGAUAAAAACUAUGUAUGUCCGUCAAUACCCUUUUGACCUGAACUGCUAGCUUUGUAGAUGUUAACUACCACUAACAUUUUAUUUCCCAUGUGUGGGAUGUGUAUGUAAAUUGUAUUUUUGUAAACAAAACUGUGAUUGUAUUCCAUACAUUCUCUGUCUUGCUUCUCACUUGACCUUAUACCACGAGCAUUUUUUCCAAGUCAGUAAAAUUAAAACUGACAUUUAAUAGCUACAGAGGACUUCGUAAUUAAACAGAUCCCCUAUUUGUCUUCCUCAUUAGUGAACCUCACUUUGGAUGGGGGAGACGGUCAUGUGCCUAGUUGCUGUACUUCCCCAGCUCCUGCUAAGGGAGCCCUCUGACAGCUCUGGCAAGAUGAGAGAUACAAGUGGAGCUUGAACAAGUAAGACUCUAAUGAAAAAAUAUUCACGCGGCUAUGGAAACAGUCUUUUGACGGACAUCUACCAACCUGCUGUUUCUCCUGUGUCAUGCAUGAAGUCUUUCUGACAGGAGAAAGGCUUGACAGGAGGCAUCUGUCCAGGCCUGAGGUUAGGAAUCCUCCACUGCCCCACAAACGUUCUAGGCUAAUGGCAGCCCCAGGUUUAACAUGGUGAAGGCAAAGAUGGUCCCAGAAGCUGAGAUUAAGGGACCAUUAGUUAUCAUCAUUGAUGUGAAUGUUUCCUCAGAGACUGGCACAGCUAACACAGUCCCGGUCCCAGAAGCUGCUGGGGAGAGGUAACUGAGUUCUUAAGCUGCAGGAUGGGACCUUGAACUUUAUAUUCAUGUGGCUAUUUCCCCUAAUUCUCCCUAGUCUAGCCAUAACUCUUCUGCUGUUCAUCCCAUCACAGCCUCUGUUCUCUCCAGAGCCUGGAUCCUUCUGAACCUGCAGUGGGGGUCCUAGAAUACAACCAUCUGUCCUGCUACCUUGACACUCUGUCCUUCCCAGGCUUCUCCUUACACCAAUCCAGCUGUGCACCAGUACACUUUUCCCUCUUCCCUGCACCCCGAGGAGAUAAUGGCACAGAGUCAGUUUUCCCAUUGCCCUUGCUUCUCCCUGAGCCAACAAGCUGGGUCUCUGGUGUAUCUGGAGCAGUAAUGUUUACCUCCCACUGAAGGUUCUCUGUGAACCUGUGGGCAACAGAAGCUGGACACACAGUUAAAACAUCCUGAACAGAUACCUGACCAAAGAAGAUACACAGGUGACAAAUAAUAAUAGAAAAAGUACCCCACCUCCUGUGUCAUCAGGGAGGCACAAAUUAAAAACAAUAAGCUGCUACUGUACACCUACUAGAAUGGCUAAAAUCCAGAACUCAGACAACACCAAAUGCCAGCAGGAAUGUGGAGCAACAGGAAUGCUCAUCCAUUGCUGGUGGGAAUGCAAAAUGGUACAGCCACUUUGGAAGACAGCUUGGCACUUUCUUAAAAAACUAAACAUACUCUGACCAUAUCAUCCCACAACUACAUCCCUUGAUUUCUACCCAAAGAUCUUGAGAACUUAUGUCCAUACAAAAACCUGAAAACAGAUGUUUAUUACCUAUAUUGAACACUGCCAAAGUAUGGAAACAGCCAAGGUAUCCUUCAGUAGGCAAAUGGAUAAAUAAACUGGUACAUCCAGACAAUGAAACAUUCAGCGCUAAAAAGAAAUGAGCUAUCAAGCUGUGAAAAGACAUGAAGAAACUCAAAGGCAUAUUACUCAGUGAAAGAAACCAACUCAAAAAGGCUACAUACUGUACAACUCCAACUACAUGACAUUCUGGAAAAGGCAAAGCUAUGAAAGACAGUAAAAAGAUAAGUGGGUUGGGAGGAGAGCGGGAUGAAUAGGUGGAAAGCAAAGGAGUACUAGGGCAAACUUCUGUAUGGUACGAUAAUGGUGGAUACAUGUCAUACAUUUAUCCAAACCUAUAGAAUGCAUGACUCUUAAGAGUUAACUGUACAACUUAA